UCUUCAGUCUUUAGGGUGUGUGGGGGAGGGAAGGGGGCAGGUAUUUGGUGCCAAGCCCCACUUUGGAGUUGCCUUCCCACAGGAACCAGAUACUGCCUAAGGGGCCAGGAACAACUAAAGACAUAAGGUGUCCUAUGUCCCCUGCCCUCCAGGGAGUCACCUCCCUAGAACCUGCGCUGCCCUGGACAUUAUGUGACGUGGGGAGGUGACUUGCACUCCUGAAACAAGGCUACAGACUGAGUGCACGAGCAGAGUGACUGAUUUCUGCACGACCAACGACCCUCUUAGGGUCUAACUCCUCCCGGACAUCCCGCCUCAGGAAGGGUUCCACUCCGCCCUCCCAGGAAGGCGCGACCGGAAGGGGCGGGAUUUCCGCCCACACUCGGGGGCCUUAAGCCGCCAUGGCUUCUCGUGGUGUUGUUGGCAUUUUUAUCCUCUCUGCUCUUCCCAUCUUGUGUCUGGAGUUCCGGCGUGGGAUCCCCGACCUAGGACUUAAAGAUCUCUUUUUGCUGUGUGGCCGGAUUUUCUUAGCACUUGCUCUUCUUACUUUAAUUAUUUCUGUGACUACCUCAUGGCUUAACUCAUUUAAGUCUUCCCAAGUUUAUCUGAAAGAAGAAGAAGAAGAGAAUGAGAAAAGACAGAGACUCGUGAGGAAAAAACAACAAGAGGCCCAGGGUGAGAAGGCUAGCAGAUACGUGGAGAAUGUUUUAAAGCCUCAACAAGAAAUGAAGUUGAAAAAACUAGAAGAGCGUUUUUAUCAAAUGACGGGGGAAACCUGGAAGUUAAGCAGUGGACAUAAACUUGGGGGCGAUGAAGAUUUGGUGCCUGAAGAUGCAAAUCCCACGUCUUCGGAAACCUCUUGCCAGGAUGCAGCGAGGAGACGCAAGCCUCCACGGGAAGCUCUGCCACCUGCCGUCCAGCCCGUGCAGAAGGAGGUUGUUGAUCUACCUGAAGAGCCUUCUCCAACAGCUAGAGAAGUGGUCACUGUCGCGCUCCGAUGUCCAACGGGGAGUGUCCUGAGGAGAAGGUUCUUUAAGUCUUGCAGGGCACAGGUCUUACUGGACUGGAUGAUGAAGGUCGGCUACCACACGGCUCUCUACAGCCUCUCCACCUCCUUUCCCAGAAAGCCUCUGGAAGUGGCAGGAGGCUGGUCCCUGGAGGAUGUGGGAAUAACCGUGGACACCGUGCUCAACGUGGAAGAGAAAGAGCAGAGCACCGUCCAGGACAAUCAAGGGCUUAAAACCCGGCUACACCUUGACUGAGCGCAAGGCGGUGGCCGCUUUACCGUUGCCACCUAUGGGGAUUGGCCAACAUAAAGGAUUAGAAAAGGCCCGCUCUCUGCCUCCGGUCAUUUGUGGUUGUGCCAGCCUGCAGUGUCUAGCGAGGCCCUUCCUCACUGACACUUCCCCAGCUGACGUUUCCCAGGGUACCGAAACACAAACUCCGACAAACAAAACCACGUUCGGAGUGUGCAGCCCAGUUCAGCACACAGGGACUAUUUGCCAAUUCACAGGAACCUUCAGCCUCUUGAAUAGGAAUGUCCAUUCCUGCUGCUUUUCUAGCAAUUAAAACCCUAAAGAGGAUUCAAAGCUCUCUGGUUUUAACGUUCUUGGUAAGUAUGCAUUACUGUUUUCUGUACCGAUGUCUGCAGUUUGUGUACUUUUGCCUUGUAGGAAAUUGUAACAUUUGAGAAGUUCCAGGUGGAUCGAUAUUUUUAAGAAUAAAACCA